AUGGAGGGUGAAUUUGUGGCAACCCCGAUAUCUAACGAGCCUGAGCCUGAGCCUGCACCGGCGACGAAAUACGCCAAAGCCUGCAGUUUCUGCCGCACAAAGAAAGUCAAGUGUGAAGGAGGGCAUCCGUGUAGGCAAUGUACCAGCCACCAUACAGAAUGCCUUUUCCCUACUCGAAACCGUCAAAAGCCUCGUCGAAUUCGCAGUGAGAAGAUGUCAACUCGGCUCGUUCGAUUGGAAGCUUUGAUCAAUUCGUCAUCAAAGACUCAUCGAGCCGAUGCCCAUGGUGGACAUGGGAGAGUAGCCCCUACAGAGGAUACCUCGAUCGCUCGAACCGACUUCUGUGUGGCGGCACUCCCCAAGGACGACCGAUCAGCGAUUACAAUACACGAGGUUGACAGAUUGGACAAUGCCACCAGGUCUGAAUCGACCUGGGUGCCAUCUAAUCUCGACUCGACCCUGGACCAUCGUCAGCCUAGAUCCGUAGCAGGAGCAAAUUUUGACGGCCAAGGGAACAGUACUGAAUCUGAUCACGAUCAGAUGCCACGCGUCAUCAUCGAUGCGGCCUACUUCCAGAGCCAAACCGCUACGACUGCCACAACAGGUCUCAAAUCGCCGAGCGUCACAAAGACUGGAAGCACCCAAGCUCUAGCAGAAAGCCCAAAGCAACUCUUAGCCGAGAUGUCCAACAGGGAAUACUUUGGACCGAGAGCCUUCUUAUCUAUUGCAUCUCAGCCAGGUAUUGAAUGGCUUGAGAGCAAGGUGCAGUACCCUGCCAUGAGAGAAUCUUUACACCGUUUCGCAAGGACUGUCACCAUGCUCUUCAAGCAGAAUGCGGGCCCGACCCCAGCAAAUUUCCCGGCUUCCGAGCCUGCUGAGGAUGUUGCUUGGUCGUACGUCAAUGCAUUCUUUACAAAAUCGCUCGAUGCCGCCUUCGGGAUUGUUGACCAAUACUGGUUCUACACUACUCUACUCGAACAUUUUCGAAUACCGAGUCCAGAUGAUGAAGAUCUAUCGUGGUUUGCCCUCCGCUUCACGGUCUAUGCGUUCGGAUGUCGAAUCGCUCUGAGUAAGAAUGAGCCAUAUGCACGUGCGGCCGAGGCGUCCAUGGCUCUUUUCGGAAACGCUUUGUCGGUACAGUCAGACAUCAUGCAUCGUCACGCUACCAUCAACGGCGUCAGAGCCUUAUCGCUCAUGGCAUACUUCAGCGAGGGCAUCGGCAGCCCCCACAUGACAUAUACCCUGAUCUCGAAUGCAAUGCGCCUGGCCAUCGCAAAAGGCCUCCACUGCCAGGCACCGUCUACGUGGAGACUUUCACGGCGGGAAAUUUUGCAACGCAACCAGCUGUUUUGGAAUAUAUACGUACUGGAUAGGCAGAUUUCUUCCCGCUCGGGACUUCCACCAGCCAUAGACGACGAUGAGAUUAGCUGCGACACUCCCGACAUAUCCACUAGCAUCAGUGAUACAAGCGCCACAUUCACCACGAUCUGUGUCCUGCUUGGUCAAAUUCAAUCGCAAGCAUAUAGGCGCUUGUCAAGUGCCCGAGCCCGGCGACAACCUACAGAAAAAAUAAUACGCGCAGUGACCGAGCUGAACGCCAAGGUAGAUUCCUUGAAACAUACCGUCAAGCACUUCAUACCGUUCGAUGACGCUAUCGAGGAUAUCCAAUUACCACAAAACAUGACCAGAUGUCAGCUCAUGGUGGCAUACUUUCUCUACUACAGCGUUUUGAUCGACAUUCACAGCUCUUUGCUUGUCCCUUGGUUCCAUUUCACCGACUCAGGCCAAUUCGACGCGUUUCGAGCCCAGGUGGAAAGCUCUUGUCGUACCGUUGCCGAGACUGCGCGCAGCAUCAUCCUGUGCACUGGCUUGAUCCGUCUGAAGCCCACUACACCGGUACUGCUUGCACUGUAUGGACCAUUCCGGGCAUCCAUCAUGCUUUUCAUCCAUAUCCUGUCCAAUCCAGGUGCGGCCACCGCCCAGUCUGAUCUGGUUCUGAUGGGUGUCGCCUCGGGAUACGCUCAUCGUCUCAAUUUUGAGACGGGCGGUGCUUUCAACUGGCCAUACAUUGGUGAGUGGGCUGCAGCGGCUUCCGCGGCCGUCCACUCAGCCAGACCCUCCGAUGCAGGUUUCGCAGCUCAAAUUCGCGAACCCGGCACUGCGAUGAUGGACUCAUCGAAUGCUGGUGUCGGUGCUCAAAUUGAAGCUGAAUCCAACACUCCCAACCCGGGUGAAAACCAAUACUUCCAAGAGCUAUUUGACCCUUCAUUCGAAGGCGACAUGGACCUAUGGAGCACGUUGGUACCUGUUAUAUCUUCAGAGGAACUGGACAUGGGCAUCUUUGCGACCUGA